UAACGAGCUCAUGAGAAUCGCUGGCUGGCUUUGAUUCAGGGACCGUGACACUGCCGCCGCGGGAUCCUGGAGCGAAUGAGGGGCUACGAGUACGAGACCAAUGGUUAUCGUCGGCCAGCAGAGGAUGAGUAUGAAGACGAGUACUAUAGUCAGGAUGAGUACGAGGAGGAAGGUUCGGGAUAUGCUGAGGAGGAGGAGGAAGCGCCGCCCGAGGGCCAGCAGGAGUUCCUGCAGAUUAGAGAGCGCUUGAAGGAGGAGAUUAGGCAGAAGGCACUCGGUGCUGGUGCCAGCACAGCUGGGCGCAAGUCUUCCUCCAAUGAUAGAAGACCACCGCCGCCAGCCAAUUUUGGCUCCUUCUUUGGGCCAUCCAAGCCGGUGAUUUCCCAGCGAGUGAUUGAAGAGAGGAAGUCAAUGAAAGAGAUACAGAACACAGCGCCUAGAGAACGAAGACCUCCUGGAAAGGACAUCCCAUCAUCUUCGAGUGUGCAAGCUAAAACAAAUGGAUUUCACCAGAAAAAGAAGAUUGUUAAUGAGGUGAAAAAGAAGGCCGAGGCACUUAAGGAUAACCGGGACUAUUCAUUUCUACUCUCGGAUGAUGCUGAUAUUCCAUCUCCUCCAAAGGAAAAACCUUCGGCUAGGCCUGCCUUGACUCAGAAGUCUGACCGCGAGUUGAUGCAUUCAGCAGUGAAGAGCAGGGCACCAAUAAGUCAACCUACCAGAUUGCCAAAUGGUUAUGGGCCGAACAACAACAAAUCAUCCACUCAAAGACAGCCUGAAAGUAAGUUAGAAUCCAAGAGAAAGGAGGCGUUCCCAAGUAGAGAAAGGGCUGUUGACAAUGGAAGGAGGCAUAGUGUUGAUAGAAAUGGGUCCAGCCAGGCCAGCGGAAGCAAAUCUGCAAGCCAAAAGUUUCCGAGUAAGGGGCAUAUCACAAAUAAGCCUUCUAUGAAGGAAGUGGAUGAACAAUCUCUGAGGAAGGAUCAUUUAGCUCGAAAACAAAUUUUGUCACCUAAUGGUCGGCCACAGCCCUCACAAAGUCAGAGGACGCAAUCAGCCUCGCAUGGUCAGAGGCCACAUCAGUCGUCACAGAGCCAGAGGCCACAGCAGUCAUCACAGAGCCAGAGGCCACAUCAGUCAUCGCAGAGCCAGAGGCCAGUGCAGUCAUCGCAGAGCCAGAGGCCAGUGCAGUCGUCGCAGAGCCAGAGGCCAGUGCAGUCGUCACAGAGCCAGAGGCCAGUGCAGUCGUCGCAGCGUGACAGACCACAGCAGUCAUCUCAGAGUCAGAGACUGCAGCAAUCAGUGCAGAGACAGAGACCACCACAAUCUUCACAGUUGCAAUCCUCGCAAAGCCAAAGACAGCUGCCACAAAGCCACAGGCCGCAGCAGCCGUUGCAACGGCAAAGGCCUCUUUCCUCUCAAGGUCAUUAUCCUGAGCAAAGAAGAGUCCAACCAAAUGGAUUAAGACCAGCAGAAAGGCAGCCAUCUCGCCAAGUAUCGGCCAACGGAAUACGUGAUGAUCGUGCAAAGAAAAAGCAAUUGGGGAAACGGAGAUUUGAUGAUGAAAUUGACGAUGAGGAAGACCCCAUGGCAAUGAUCAGGAAUAUGUUUAGGUAUGACCCUAGUAAAUAUGCAGGCAGAGAUGAUGAUGAUAGUGACAUGGAAGCAGAUUUCGCUACUAUUGAGAUGGAAGAGAAAAGAAGUGCGAGGAUUGCAAGGCAGGAGGAUGAAGAGGAGCUCCGCCGGAUUGAGGAAGAAGAGAGGCGUGCGGAGGAGAGGAAGAGGCGAAAGGUUGGAAAUGGCCGAUAGCAGCUUGGUUAGUUAGCUCCAGCAUGUAUCAUUUCUGGAUGUUGCUUCUGCAAAGGUCUCGAAAGCAUGCCCUUCGGUUGGACUGCUGCUACGGAGACAGGUCUGGACCCAGUUAAGUGCCGUGGGUAAUUUAUGCCAAAUCAGGAACAAAAACGGCGGGUGAAGAAUUAAUGCAGAUGUGGCAUGGCUUUGUACAAUGUUGAAGUCCUAGCGGCUGCGCUUCGUUUGAAGUCGACAGUGGUAGUUAGUUUCCGGGCCUCUCCCGGGAGGGUGGUGAUAGUCACAAGGCUGUUCUUUUUUCGAAGGGGUAUGGCUCGCCACAUUUUUAGUUGUACUAUAGGAUUUCUGUUCUUGUAACUGAUUUUUUCUGCAAGCUGGUCAUAAACAUGCCACAGCCAAGUGGCACUUCUGUUGAAUUAAUUUUGAUGUAGGACUACAAGUUUUGUGCUAGUGGACAGUACAUUUUGAGGAGUUAUCGCUUUUGGCUGUAUGGUUAAACUAAAUACUCCUAAUAGGUUCUCCAUUU